CAGGUUGUAGAAUCACAGCAAGUCAGCAAAUUCGAUCGUUUGAAGCUACGUGAUUCUAGUGCGGAGUCAGAUAUCAGUUGCAUGCAAAUUUCGUGCGUGAACAGCAUUACUGAACCAUGCUUAGUGGAGGUAGUAAUUGAAAACAUUAAACUCACUAUGGAAAUCGACACUGGCUCAGCUGUAGCAGUGUUGAGUGAGAACCUCUACAGAAAAUAUUUUAAACACAUUCCUAUUUUGACUUGUACAAAGAAGUUAGUUGUGGUAGAUGGUGCUAAGCUUUCAGUAGUGGGACAGAUUUCUGUAAGAGUGUGCAUUAACGACCUUGAAAUCAAAAGCACAAUGAUAGUGUUGAAAAGUGAGAGGGAUUUUAUUCCGCUGCUUGGAAGGGACUGGAUGGAGGCUUUCUAUCCAAAUUGGAAAAAACUAUUCAUUAACAACAUUGAACAGACGACCAAAGAGCAACAAGCCUUAGGGUAUGAGGCUGAACUGACAGUUAAACCCGAUCAACCAAUAUUCAAACGUGCGUAUCAAGUGCCCUACAAAAUUAAGGACAAAUUUCUUGAACACCUGGAUAUGUUGGAAGAACAAGGCGUUAUAACCCCGGUAAAAGCGAGCGAAUGGGCUUCGCCCGUAAUUGCUGUUUUGAAAAAGGACAACGAGAUCAGAAUGAUUGCGUUAGGAACCCACGUUUUGACGGCACACAGAAGUCAGCUAAAAAAGAUGUAUCAUCCGAAUCGACGCUCUAAGGUGAUUAUGCCGGUGAGAAAUAAACAGAAACGUCGACGUGUAUCUAUCGAGGAAGAACAAGACUUCCCAGGGUUUCCUGAAGCACAACUUCAAUCGGAAGAACGACAGGCGAAACACAGGAAAGUGAUGAUCAGAAGCCCUAUCGAAACUAGAUCAAAGAAGAGGCUAGGUGCAUGUCGCACUGAAAGCGAAUAGGUCAUUCAAUUAUUUCAAUAAUUGUUAUCUGAAAUUUACAAUUGCAUUAAUUAGAUUAAUCCAAUUUCUGAAAAAGGGAAGAACUGUUAUGUAUGCGUUAAACGAUUUAGAUUUAGGCACUCAAAUGAAUAUGUGCGUUCGAUAAAAUAAUGAAGAGAGCGGUUCGCUCAUCGAGUAUGAAAUAAAAGUAAGUCAGUCGAAGUCCAUCAGUGAGUCGAGACAGUCAAGCUAAUUCCAAGUGGUUUUAAUAUAACGUGAAAGAAGUGUUUGAAGUAAGGAAGUUUCCUCCGCAGAAGUGUAGUGUCCGCCUUGUAGGUUGAAGUCCACUUUGAGCAGUAUAUGCAGAUUUAUCAC